AUGCUCCCUGGAGGAGGAGGGGACUCCGAGGGGCCCUCUGUCAGGAGCCCAAGACGGAAGCGCCCCCCUCCACCGCGGAGGAGGGCCCCAACUUCGCCUGGGAGGGUCGCCAGAGGCCAAGGGUUCUGCGGUGCUCCCUUCCCAGCAACCCCCCCGAGACCCCCGCGGCCAGGAAGCCACGCGAGGCGCCUUCUCGCCUCCCCCCAGAACCGAGGCUGCCGCCAGGGACCCAAAACCCCCCAAGGCCCCUCCGCAACCCUCCUCUCCCUCCCUUCCCAGGAGGCGGCUCCGCUCCGGUCCCGCCAGAAGAACCCCCCCCCCGGAAGCAGACAGCGUGGUGAGGGGGGGCGGUCGAGGAGGACGGCUGCCCCGGUACGCUCAAGCCCCCAUCCGCCGUCCUCCCCGCCUGGACUCUCCCCGGACCCGGCGUCGUCCUCCGGAGGGUCCUCCUGUCCGCUGCCCCGAAGGUCGGUCCCCGACGGACAGCGAGGCCCCCCGGAGACCCCCGGAGGAGGCGGACAGGAGAGGACCGGAGGGGUCCCGCCGCCUCCCCCGCCCGGAUCUUCGGACCGGUCCCGACCCUCCUGGGCACCCCCUCUGUCCCCCUCGGGUCCGCCUUCGGGGGGGCAGGGGACUCUGGAGGACCCCCUCCCCUUUGUCAGCCUCCUCCUCUUCUCCUCUGCCCCGAGGAAGCCAGGAGGAAGACCAGGAGGAGGAGGAGGAGAAGCGGGGAGCGCCCGCCAAGGGGCCCGAGCCAGCCCUACUUGCCAGGAGGGCCCUGCCGCCCUCGGGGCCCACAACCCAGGGACCCCCACCGCCCCACCCCCCGCCUUUUCACACCUCACUGCACCCGCUGAUGGGGAACGGGGGGGGGAGGCGACCCCCCCGCCCUUCACCCCCUCCUCCCUUCCAACGGGGAAACCCGUUGGGCCAGUGUUUUUUUGGGUCUAG